AUGACAUCUUCUGUUCAAGGGCUUCCGGCUCUACCUGAGGUUGGCAUUGUGCCUCCUUCAUCCCCUCUUGCACUGAAAGCUUUCGAGUAUGCAAAGCAACACUGUACAGAGACCGUCUACAGCCAUGCUAUCCGAUCAGGCUACUGGGCAACCAUAAUUGCCAAGAAGCUUCCUGAAUUCCGCGACAACACCAAUCUUAGUCUAGAGAUGGUGUUCGUCAGUUGCAUUCUCCACGACAUGGGUUGGGCAAAUACUCCGGAGCUGUUGUCGACCGACAAGCGCUUUGAAGUCGACGGUGCCAACAUCGCCCGAGACUUUUUGUUGAACGAGAAACAACAUACCGAUGACGGAAAUCUCAAUCAGGCCACUAUACAGCGUAUAUGGGACUCUAUCGCUCUGCAUACCACCGCUUCCAUCGCUCGUUAUGCCGCACCUGAGGUUGCUCUCACUCAUCUGGGUAUUACAGCCGAUUUCUUUGGCCCGAAUUUUCCCGGACCUGAUGGGAAGCCCUUAAUCUCGCCUGAGGAGUAUCGUGCCGUUAUGAGCAUAUUCCCUCGUGCUGGGUUCAAUACAGAGGGCUUCAAGAAAAUCAUGUGUGGGCUCUGUCGUACAAAGCCCGCGACCACUUACGACAAUUUUGUGAGCGUGAUAGGAAGGAAGUAUGGCCUUGACGGAAAUGGAGAUGGAAGGGAGGAAUAUACCAAGGCUUGGGAAGAGUCUCAGACUCAGCUGGAUAGCUUUUUGGUGCUUGGAUUGGAUGCACUGGAAGCGGCGCAUGACCCCAAAUGA